GAGACAUUUAUCUUGAAGAACGGAAAACGAAAGGCGUUCCAUGUAGGAAGUAAUUUGUCAUGCCGCCAGCACAUCCGGGGUCACUAUGACUUCUACAAAACUAAAUGUGCUGAGCUGAAGUUGCCAGAACACCACCAUGGCAUACCGCGGGAGAUCGUGAAAGCAAAUAUUGAAGCUGAAGAAAAAGACAAAAGAAGGUCAGCUGACUCUUGGAGGGAUGUUUCAGAAAACAUUGGCAGGUGA